CGCGCUAGCAAGCCGAGCUUGGGGAAGGGAGAGGACUGGCACAUAUCAUGGCCGUGGCCGCCCCGGGCCUGCCUGCUCUCCAUUGUCGUGCGCGGCCUCUCCAGCGCGUCGCAUUGCUGGAUUAUCGUCGACGGCCUGCCCAUCAUGACGGACACCUUUGCACCAGACCAGGCGCCAGGCCCUGCAGAAAAGCUGGCGGCAUUCACGUCCAUUGCCACGCCAGAGCCCGCUGACGCCGGCGGCCAGGCCCAUCCCGGCCCGAACGACCCCGCGGCGACCACCAAGGAGCUAUAUUCCUACUACGCCUACUACGCUGGCAACAAUGGCAUCGGCUCGUUCCAGUACUCCAACCUGCUCUUCCAGAAUCUCAUCUACCAGGCGGGCUUCGACCCCAACGUCAAGCCGCUAGGCAGCCAGACCUGCGAUGUCGACCCUACCGCGCCGUGCCACGUCUUCUGGAACGGCGGCACCAAGGAGUACUCCUCGGUCGUGCUCAUCGCGUCUGGUCUGACCUUUCUGUGCCAGGCCCUGGUCUUCAUCAGCGUGGGCAGCAUGGCCGACUACGGCAACUGGAACCCAUGGGUUGUGCGCACCUUUUCUGUGCUGUCAUGGGCCUUUGAGUUUGGCUUCCUGGGCGUGAAGAGGGCUGACCAGUGGCGGACGGCCAUGGCCCUGUAUAUCCUGUCAGCCAUCACCUUCUGGUCUUCGUACGUCUUCUUCAACGCCAUAUUCCCGAAGCUGUCCCACGACCUCCCAGAGGUGCGCACCGCCUACGCAGAGUUCUCCGCCGGGUCCAUCUCCGAAGACGAGUACGAGCGCCGCUGCUCCAUGGCCCGAUCCAAGGUCAUGAACAUGUCGUAUGGCUGGAACAACGUCGGCUUCACCAUCUCGGCUGCCUUGUCGCUCGCUGCGCUCUUCGGUCUGCAUGCCAACGACUCCGCGGCGCAGAACAACUGGGGAUACUCGGUGUCGGUGGCCGUGUGCACGGGCUUUUGGAUUGUCCUUGCCAUCCCGUGGUUCUUGUGGGAGAAGAGGCGGCCGGGUCCACCGCUUCCUCCGGGCGAGAACUACCUCACCCUCGGUGCCAAGCAGGCGUGGUUCGCGGCCAAGCAAGCGUGGACCCUCAAGCAGACGUUCUUCUACCUCGUCGCCUAUUUCCUCCUCGCCGACGGCAUCUCCACCACCCUCACGCUCGUUGCCAUCGCGCAGACUUCGGUCGUCGAGUUCUCGGCCACCCAGAACACAUACCUGAUCAUCGUGCAAGGGGGAUCGGCGGCUGUUGGCGUCUUCGGCGCGUAUUACGUCCAGAAACUAUUCGGCUUCAAGACAAAGACCAUGCUGCAAGCUGCAAACAUUGGCUGCACACUCGUCGCCUUGUGGGGCAUGAUCGGCAUCUGGACGACCAAGGUCGGGUACCACAACCUCUGGGAGUUCUGGCUCUUCAACGCGCAGUACGGAUUCACGCUCGGGACGCAGUUUUCGUACGGGCAGGCCUUUAUGGCCGAGCUUGUCCCGCGUGGGCGCGAGUACAUGUUCUUCAGUCUUCUGGGCAUUGUCUCCAAGGGCAGUGCCUGGAUAGGCCCGAUCGUGAGUAGUGCCAUUGUCGACUCGAGCGGCAACGCCUGGACGCCCUUCCCGUUUGUCGCCGCUCUUAUCCUGGUGCCGACUGUCGCCAUUUUCUUUAUCAGCGUGGAGAAGAGCCGGCUGGAGUGCAAGACGUACUUGGAGAAGGAGAAGACUGGUUUGCGGAAGGUCUAUGAGGACGAGAAGGACGUUUGACUUGGGAGCUGGGAGGGCGCGAGGGACGCUCUGGCGGAUAUGAGCCAGCCAAUUUGAUACUGUAAAUGCAGCCGCCUUUCUGCGAUAAUAGAAACCAGUCUGAUACUUCUC